ACCAAGGUUUAUGAGUGACUAUCGGCCGGUUAGGGCUUGCUGGAAAGAUGGAGUAUCGCGGGUUGGGCACCGUAGAGGCCGCGGACAGUGGAGGGGCCCGGCCAUACAACAGCUCCGAGGAACGAGAAGGACGGGAACCGGACGGGCUGCGCUUCGACCGCGAGAGGGCGCGCCGCCUCUGGGAAGCAGUGUCCGGGGCCCAACCAGUGGGGAGGGAGGAAGUGGAACACAUGAUCCAGAAGAACCAGUGUCUCUUUACCAAUACCCAGUGUAAGGUUUGCUGCGCCCUGCUCAUUUCUGAAUCCCAGAAGUUGGCACACUACCAGAGCAAAAAACAUGCCAAUAAAGUAAAGAGAUACCUAGCAAUCCAUGGAAUGGAGACAUUAAAAGGGGAAACGAAGAAGCUAGACUCAGAACAGAAGAGCAGCAGAAGCAAAGACAAGAACCAGUGCUGCCCCAUCUGUAACAUGACCUUUUCCUCCCCUGUCGUGGCCCAGUCGCACUACCUGGGGAAGACCCACGCAAAGAACUUAAAGCUGAAGCAGCAAUCCACUAAGGUGGAAGCUCUGUCGAAACGCCUUACAAACCCUUUCCUUGUGGCCUCCACCUUAGCCUUGCACCAGAAUAGAGAGAUGAUAGACCCAGACAAGUUCUGCAGCCUCUGCCAUGCGACUUUCAACGACCCUGUCAUGGCUCAACAACAUUAUGUGGGCAAGAAACACAGGAAACAGGAAACCAAGCUCAAACUCAUGGCACACUAUGGGCGGCUGGCAGACCCUGCUGUCACUGACUCAUCAGCUGGGAAGGGCUACCCCUGCAAGACGUGUAAGAUAAUGCUGAACUCCAUAGAACAGUAUCAAGCUCAUGUCAGCGGCUUCAAACACAAGAACCAGUCACCAAAAACAGUGGCAUCACCCCUGGGCCAGAUUCCAAUGCAAAGGCAGCCCAUUGAGAAAGACUCAGCCACCUUGGAAGACUAGAGAUGUUUCUGUCCAGCACCCCAGGUUGAACCAGCCAUGAGCCAGCUUCCCGUUACCAUGGUCAGCUCUUGGCUCCCUCUUCCUCGUUUCUUAUACCUGGAGAACACAUAGACCUAAGGCAGGAGUGGGCCACAGAUAGCCUCUGAUUGGUCCAGGCAAAUACACCCCUGCUCUUCCCUUUUUGGAUGGACCCUGUAGGUCAGGACAAGGGAAGGGGGUGGAUCUUGAGAGGACUCGGGGCCUCACAAGAUAGUAGUUUGGAGGCCUUUCCCCUUCCCCAGUCCCCUUGGGCCACAUGUCAUGAGCCCCAGGCCUGUCUGUCAUCUGCAGGUCAGUUUUGAACCAGUCUCUGCAGCUAAAGAACUGAGCUCUCCCUGGGCUCUAGGCAGCUCCAAUAAAACCUGGAGCUUUCACACCAGACCUCGGCCUAGGUGGCAAAGGGUAGAUGGAAGUGGCUACCCCAUGGAAGUUUGGAGCUAAUAUGACACUCCAUAUUCCCCCCAAAAGUACAGGCUUUCCUGAACCUGGGACCAGAUACUGGCCAGUUAUACAGCUGUCUGCCCACUGUGAAGUUUCCUCCUGGAGCAAUGACACAGUCCUGGCAGAGCAGUGCUGUCCUUCUUGCCCCUUCUCCACAGUUCCUGAAUGGUGCUAAGGAUCUGCAGCAACUGGGGAAAAGCUAGAGCUGGAGGAGGCUUCAGUACCCUGUGGGCUCACAGAAAGCUUCAAGGGGGAGCCUUUCCCCUCCUCUAUCAGAGAGGUGCUCUGACCCAGGGUCAUGUGGGGAAGUCCCCACAUGGAAGUUCCCUUGAUGGUUCUGUGCCCUUAAAGGCAAAUUGCCUCAUGCCAGCCAGCUCAAAGGUUCAUUGCUGCUCCUUGGCUCUACUAGCCCUCUCCUCCUUAUGUAGCAAAUCACCUGCCCAGGUUGCUGUGGUGCUAGCCCUCUCCCAUCAUCCACCAGGAGAUUCCUGGGUACCAAGGAACAGAAUAGGACCCCCAGGAAAAGAAAGGAGAACUGGUACAGAUUUCUGCAAUGAGGAAAAAGAUGUUCCCCAGGCCCCAAACUUAGACUUUUCCAACUCUGCUGUGUUUUUAUGGCCUGGGACUUCACUGGGAGUGGGUUUUUCCUUGUAGCUUUUAAGCAGCAAUUCCAAGAAAUGAUAACCAUUGUAGGCCCCUAGCUGCUCUCGUGGCUUCUUCCCCCCAUUGCCUAUCCCUUUGCCUGUGAAAUGCCUUUACAUAUUUGUGUGUGUGUGUGUGUGUGUGUGUGUGUGUGUACGCGCACGCACGCGUGUUUAUGCUCUGUCUCUUGGUCUAAAUAAAGAAUUUAUCCAUGAGCCAGACUGCAGCUUGACAGACCUGAGAUUUGGUGCCAUAAUGCCAUUGGAUCUAAUAUGUGUGUCUUGACCACUUACCCUCACCCCUCUCAGAUUCCUGGGGCUUUAAAUAGUGAUCUUAAGAGGUGGAACAGAGAUAAACAUCUGAAUUGCUUGGCAACCUUGUGGAAGCCUUCCCAGGCUUAGUACAACCUCAUCCACUUAUCUGCCUCCCCCUGUACAGAGGGUCUCAUGGAAGUCUUUAAGGGGUUUCAGCCGAGAAUCUACUUUCUUUGAGAGGAUCAUUCUGGCUGGCUGUUAAGUGGAAAAGAGAUGCAGGGGAGAAGAACAAGAGACCAACAAGAAAGCCAAAAUGGAGGCUAUGUCCAAUAUGGCUCUCUCCAGGCUAAUCCCUUCAGAACUGAGCCUUAACCUCUUUCAUCUCCACUUCUCUAAUGUGGAGUGGUGUGUCCUGAACUAUUUGUUGAAUGAAUGCACAAAUGCAUGAAUGAGGGUAUAGGUAAGAAAGAUGGCCUUUUCCUACACAGCUCUUACUCAGAACUAGGUUUGUUCCAUCAACUUUUGGCCUAGAGAUUCUCACAGGAAGCUUUUCUAUGACCCAGAAAUGAGCUAGGGAAGUGUGAUGGCCUUAGGAGCCCUUUGUCCAACAUUUGUUUCAGAUAGCCAGAUCUGAGGAGGGUACCCAGGCAGCCUCAGCCCCCAUUCUUCACUCAGCAAACUGUUCCUGAGCACCUGCUUUUGACCAGCUGGGAAAGGCCCCACAUAGCCCCCAUGGUGGGUUCUCAGCUCCCAGCAUCCAAAGCUUAGACUGUCUCAGCAAUUUCCCUGGAGUCCUUCUACCUUAUCCAGGAUGUCAGAAUCAGCCUCAUCUAUCAGGCAAGGAAAUGAAGGGGAAAAGGGUGGGUAGGCUGCCAGAUAAUGAGCCCCUAGCCCAUAAGACUUCUUAGUCUAGAUUCAGGAGUCUCUACUAGCUGUGUGCCCAGCUCUGUUGGCAAGAGGGUACAGGAAUGAAUACUUUCUUGCCCUUGGGGAGAAAUACUAUAAAGAUUAUUAUCAAAAGAAAAAAAAAAGAUUAUUAUGGCAAUAGAGGGUCAUACAGGGUGCAGCAAGAAUGCCCAGGAUGCAGGCACUAACUUACCUAAGGGGAUGAAAAAGCUGCAUUUGAUCUGCCUAACUGCCUUUUGAGCAAGGUAAUGAUAUUCCAUUUUAUAGAAAAGACUCAAAGAUGUAUAUAGUAUUUUGCCCAAGGACCUGCCACCAAGAAGCAACAAAAUGGAGAGUAGAAUCCAGUUCUCUAGAUUCCUAGUCCAGAACCCUUUCCAAACAAGGAUGAAAAUACCUUCCCAAAAAAAAAAAAAAAAAGAAAAUACCUUCCCACAGGACCCCUGGGCCUGCC